CUCCGACCCCAGCGGACUUCGAGCAGUUAACAGCACAGAUGAUGAAAACAUAUCGUCAUACUACGAUGUAUAUACCGCAUACAAGGCAAUGUAGAUCGCGUUCAGGAUUCCAAUCAUUUAACCUGACAUUUGAGUGAAUGACAUCAUUUGGUCUGGUAAAUCCUCGCCGUGCAAUCGGAAGCAGCAUGUUUCGAUUAGUUUAUCUGACUUCUGAGUGUUUUAUGGAUUCUUUGCGGGAAUUUUGUUCAGUAGUCUACUCAGAAUAAAGAGAACAGCCUCAAUUGCCGGGGCAUGGAUUCUACAAGGUGUCAAACAUUCCACAGAUCCGGGUCUAUUAUCGGACCACCACAGAGUCAACACAUGAUGAGCAACAGCAGUAAACGAGUCCAGCCAAGCUUCACUGACGUCCCGGUGGUCCAGAGCAAGAUGCCCCGGCUGGAAGGGCCCAUCAUUGGUAGCGUGGCAUCUACAGAGGCAGGAGGGCUCUCUAAACCAGCCAGCCUGGCUCACUACCCCUCUGCCCCCCACCACACACCCCAGACCCAGGCUCUGCAGAACAACAGGGCCUACUUCACCUAUGACCUUGGGGGUCACGACCUCUCUGACCCUGACCUCCAACCUUCCUGGAGCCCCUCUGAGGGGUUGCUGCUGAACAGGAGGAAUGUGGGGGUUUCCCCUCAGAGCGCGGAGGAGGGGUCGUUACGAAACCACAUAGUUUACAGUGGGACAGAGACCUUUUCUACUGAGAGUAGUAGUGUUAGUGGUAGUAACUCUGUCUCUGCGACUGCUCAGGACACUCCAGCUAAGCAGCGUUUUACCUACUACACCAGGAGCCCAGGCGGGCUGAGGAGUCCCACCAGCGGGCCUGGGACCAUCGCUAUGCCCAUUGCUGUGAGGAAGCAGCCCCCUGUUGGAGGACUUAGGCUCUCCCCUCAGUCUGAGAACUCUGUCUGUCUGAGUCUGGCUGUUCCCAAACCGCUCUACGGACACCCCUCCCCCUGCUGUUCUGAGCUGGGCUGUACUGUUGGACAGAGGCACAGUCUGGAGCAGAGGGGGGGAGUACACAGGAUCCAUCCCCAUCUUAAUGUGUAUGAGGGGUGGAUGUAUAGUCCUAGCUCCCACCACCACCCCAGGGCUCUGCAGCCGGAGCACGGUGUUGAGACAGAGAGACUAUCAGACAGAUUGCCUCUAAAAGAUGGCAAGGACCACCAACACCACCCCAAUGGAAUCUCCAACAGAGCAGCAUCGGCACAAAGGUUUCCUGUCUUCAUGGAACCAACCUACAGCAUUGGUUACCCAUAUUCCCCGGCCCGUGCCGUACUAAGCCCCUCCUCAUUUACAUGUGACCCCCUCUCUUCACAGUUAAGCUCCUCCCCCUAUGGGGCUGAUCAAUGCCAACGUCUACAAAUCCCCUCUAAACGUCCCACCUAUCACAGCUUGGUCUCUUCCCACCCCUCCUGCUCUUCCUCUCACCCCUCCUGCUCUUCCUCUCACCCCUCCUGCUCUUCCUCUCACCCCUCCUGCUCUUCCUCUCACCCCUCCUGCUCUUCCUCUCACCCCUCUUGCUCUUCCUCUCACCCCUCCUCCCAUCCCUCUCACCUCUCCUCCCACCCCUCCUGCCAUCCCUCUCAUCCCUCUUGCCAUCCCUCUCAUCCCUUCCACCCGACAACAUACAAACCCAUGAGCCCUUUGCACCAUGGCGUUCCGGUAACAUCACAGGUUUAUCAGGGCCGCUCUCCUCCCAAUGUGGCCAAAUACAGCCAGCUCCCAGUCACACAGCCCAUGUUUUACUACCAUCCUCAGGCAAAUGUGGAGGGAGAGAGUGAGAGUUGUGGAGCAGGGUUUAAAGAUGCAGGAGGAGGAAUGCACAGAGACUGGGAGGAUGUUAUGGUCCCUAAAGGUUCUAAACGACCCCUACCUCCCAGUCCCACCCAGACAGGACCCCACCUAGCUUCUCAUCUUCCCAGCAAAGCAACCCCCUCCCACUACCUUGUCACCCAGUCUAUGUACAGUACUGAUGUCCCCAUGUCUAGCCACAUGGCUCCUAGUAGCCACCCAUACCUCAGGAGUUUUGACCAGCCCUCCUAUCAUCAAUUGUACAGGAUGCCCCUGAAUGCAGCAGGUCAGAUGAGAACCCCUGCUAUAGCCCCAGAGAGACCCUGUGCCUCUCCAUCUCCCCCCAGCAGCCUACAGCGGACUGAGAGACCCCUGGACUACUCCCUGACUCAGUACAGAUCUCCAGUCACCUCUCCUCAGGUCUCCUCCGCCAGGAGACACCACCUAUCUCGGGGACACUCUGACUCCACACUCCCUGGAGCCCCACUGACUGUCUCCACCACACUGUCACGGGCUGACUAUGGCCAUCACAACCACCCAGCCAACCACCACCACCACAGCAACAACCAUGCUACUACAGCCAUGUGUACAACUGCUGUAAACUAUGGCAACCACAACCACCACACAACUACAGCCAACCAGAACAACCACCAACACACAACUACACGUAACCAUCACAACGCCACGUGUCGGGGAAUGACUGGUUAUACUGUAGUGAGGCUUCAAGACAGUCCUGUCCCUCAGUCUAAUGUGCAUGGAGACAUGAUCACUACUGGUACAGAAACACUGAAGAGAUGUGUCUCAGUCUCAGACCGACCCAUCAACAUAGACUCUCCCUCACCAAAAUACACACAGGACAAUGGGGAUGACGUCAUCGAUGUGGAACUGUAUCAGAAACGACAGAAGAUGAAGACGAAUGGAGAGGGAGAGAGAGCAGAGGGAUAUAGAGCAGAGGGAGGGAGAGCAGAGGUGAACGGAGAGGGAGGCGGACUCGAUAGCUGUCAGUCUCCCUCUCCUCCCAUGCCAGUCAUCAACAAUGUUUUCAGCCUGGCUCCAUACAAGGCUUACCUAGAGGCUGCUGGCAUGCUGUCUCUACCUGUUAGAGGAUCUCAGAAAACUGACAGCCAGCCUUCUGGACACUGUGUGCUCAAACCUGAGACCCAAUCAGACCCUCACAGACGUCAUCAACACAGACAGGAAACAGGCCCUACAUCUGACCCACACAGGCCUGAGAGAGACCCUGAACGAGAGGAAGGGAAGCCUGUAUCAAUCAAUCACAGGAUUGGUAACCAUGUAGUCCGACCAGCCUCAGAACAGCAGAGGCCUGUAGUCCAGCAGAGGAUUCUGGGUACUGUCAGAUCAGACACAACACAGAAGAAGCCUGUAGUGCCUGUUUUUAGUGAACCACCGCAGGAACCAGAGAGGGAGGUGGAAGUGAAGACUGACAAUUUGCAGAUUAAAGUCGUUAAGGAAGAGGAGGAGGAACCACAGCAAGAACCAGAAAGGGAGGUGGAAGUGAAGACUGAUGACGACAUGCAGACUAAAGUGGUUAUUAAGGAAGAGGAAGAGAUGGAGGUGGCAGCAGCAACAACAGAGCCGGGUGUGUUUGUACAUGAUCUCACCGUGGGUGUUAUUAAGAAAUGUGAAUCUGAUCAACUGGACAGUAAAUUGUCAAUAGCGUCAGAUAAAUAUAUUUCUAUGAAGUCAGCUACAGAUAGAUGUGUGAUGGAAGGAUCUUUUACUUACAACGAGCACCACCAUCAGUCCCAAACUCAGCACCACCAUCAGCCCCGGUCCAACCACCAUCCAUCCCAGCCCCUGUCCAACCACCAUCCAUCCCAGCCCCUGUCCAACCACCAUCCAUCCCAGCCCCUGUCCAACCACCAUCCAUCCCAGCCCCUGUCCAACCACCAUCCAUUCCAUCCCCUGUCCAACCACCAUCCAUUCCAUCCCCUGUCCAACCACCAUCCAUUCCAUCCCCUGUCCAACCACCAUCCAUUCCAUCCCCUGUCCAACCACCAUCCAUUCCAUCCCCUGUCCAACCACCAUCCAUUCCAUCCCCUGUCCGACCACCAUCCAUCCCAGCCCCUGUCCGACCACCAUCCAUCCCAUCCCCUGUCCGACCACCAUCCAUCCCAGCCCCUGUCCGACCACCAUCCAUCCCAGCCCCUGUCCGACCACCAUCCAUCCCAGCCCCUGUCCGACCACCAUCCAUCCCAGCCCCUGUCCGACCACCAUCCAUCCCAGCCCCUGUCCGACCACCAUCCAUCCCAGCCCCUGUCCGACCACCAUUCAUCCCAGCCCCUGUCCGACCACCAUUCAUCCCAGCCCCUGUCCGACCACCAUCCAUCCCAGCCCCUGUCCGACCACCAUCCAUCCCAGCCCCUGUCCGACCACCAUCCAUCCCAGCCCCAGUCCGAGCACCAUCCAUCCCAGCCCCUGUCCAACCACUAUCCACCCAAUCCGCCGCAGCCCCACCUACGUCCCAAAUCAACAACUCCACCCCAACCCCUUUCAAUAAGGCAUAGGAUAGUUGGCGCGUUCACCCAUAACAUGCACCACCCUCCCCAGGCCCAUCAGAAGCCCUAUGACCAGACUGCUACACCACACCCCAAAUCAUCCAGCCCUCCCCAAUCCGCCAACCCAGCCACCACCAAACUGAACCUUCAAAACAUCCCUCCUCAAUGUCUCAAACUAUCCACUUAUAAGAUCGUCCUGCCAGAUAACAUGCUCCGGGCUGUUGCUCCCCCUCCCUGCUCUACAGAGGUCCCACAGUCACCCACUGACGCUACAGCUGUAGCCAAAUCCAGCCGCAGCCCUCAUGCCCUUUCAGACAGCAACUACAGCUCCCGACCAGCCAGACAGCACUUCCUAGAGCUGCACCUCUUACUUUGUAACCUGGUUUCCAGCUGUGUGUCCCACACCCCACCCACAGAGCUCCAAAUCUGGCUGUCCCAGCUGGACAUCUCCCUUACCUCCACCGCCAUUUCCCCACCCAAGGCCCAGAAGGUGACCUCUCUGCUGGGUUCUGAGGCCAGGGAGGUGUGGCUGAGGGGACCAGAGACCCAGGCUGCCCUCCAGAAUGUGCUCCAGAGACUGGGGCAGUAUGUAGCCCAGAAGCAGUGUCCCUUCCCCCAUGUGAUGAGGGCAGGCGCGGUGUUUGUUCCCAUGCUGGUGGUCAAGGAGCUGCUCUUCCCUCAGGUCCAGGGGGUCUACAUCGACCAGGUUCUCCAGGAGCACAAGGUGGAGUUGAGACCUACCACUCUGUCUGAGGAGAGACACCUGGUGAUGCUGCAGAAACGACCAUGUUCCUCCAAGCUCCGCAGGCUCCUGUCACUCAAACACCUGCCUAACAUCUACCCUGACGUUCUCAACCUCUACUAUCACAGCUGUGUCUGCAAGAGCCUGGGUGUAGAGCCAUGUGACACGGCCAGGACACCAGAAGGAACGCUGUGUUCAGAGGAUAGCUCUGCCAGUGGGCUAUAUUCACUGGCCACUAACACUGGACCAUGUUCACAACCCAACAACCUCUGUGACAUUGGAACACAGACCACCACCUCACCACAACACCUGGAGGAAUGUAUCAGUCUGUCUCCGUCUCAGACCCCGAGCUGCAGAGCCACAGCUAGCCUCUCCUCUCAGAGACCGAGAGAGGACCCGAAGAGAGGAUCAUCAUCAUCCUCACACUUUAAGAUACACAAGAGGAAAGAGGGGAAAGGCAAGAAGAAGAAGAAGAAGAGCUUCCCCAAACCUCUGUUUGUAGGGACGAGGGAUCGCACGGUGUUGGAGGGUGGUGGGAGCACAGAGCAGGCUGGAGACUGGAACAUUCUAAAGAACACUGUUAAUCAGGAGGAGGAGGAAAGGAACGGCCGGCCAGUGUGGAGCAGUGACAAUGCAGGCAGUGACUCUGACAGGAGGGAUGGAAAGAGUGAUGGAGAGAAAAGUGGAAAGGGGGAUGGAGAGCGGAAUGGAGGCAAUAAGCUGGAGGAAGAGGAGGAGCCAUCAGCCACACCCCUGCUGGAGGAGGAGGAGGAGUCUAACUCCUGGACGUGCCCUUUGACCUCAGACGAGCUGUCUUCGUCUCCUAGCAACAGGAAUCAAGCAUCCACACUAUUGUCCGUGCCGUCCUACAAGACCCCAUCCUCAGGUUCAGCCUGGUCCCAGGGCCUCAGGACGAAGAACCAGUCAGGGAUGAUCCUCAAGCUGAGGAAGGUGUUGUUUCCUGAGGGACUUAAAGGACAACAGACGCGAUACCAGGCUGUCUCUGUCUCAGAUCCUGAACUGCGCCGACACAGUCAGCCUCCUCUCUCAGACAGCCAGCCUCUCCUCUCAGAGACAGAGGAUGGGGAGGCCAGGGGAAAGAGGGAUAGGGAGGGGGACAGAGGAGAGGCCAGGGAAAGAACCAGGGAUGGAUGUCUUUCCAGGAGGAUGUCCUCCAAGCUCCCCCAGCGAGGGCUGCAUUUCGGCGGCUUCUCUUCUACCCUGCGCCACCUCACCACUUUCUCAUCCUUCAGCCGACUGCCCUCCUCUCUGGCCUCCUCCCUGCGCCGCUCCGUCAUGAAGAUCAAGUACUGCCCCUUCUUGUCUGCCUGCCACAGCUCUGACCACCGCCGGCGCCGCUGGAUCCUUCGCUCCGCCGUGCAGCGCGCCCGCUCCGUCAUGAAGAUCUAUUACCCAGACCUGGUGGGGAGACGGAUACAACACCUCUACGAGGAGGGGGACGGGACGGAGGUGUGGUACAGGGGUCUGGUGGUGCAGGUACAUGAGCCACACCCUAACCCCCUGAAGACUGUGUUCCAGGUGAAAUAUGACUCUGAACCAGAGUGGCAGUACUACUUGGAGCUGCUCAUAGACUAUAAUAAGGGUUGGCUAAAAAUAGAGGACUGAGACAGGGCCGAGACAGGACUGAAGCCUAACUGGGCGUUUUUUCUUGUUUGGUUUUUGAAGAAUGGCUGGCUUGAAAAAGAGGAGUGAAUCCUGGUGAAACAUUAUUUUUCCUGUGUGUGUGUGUGUUUUGACUGUGUUGUUUUUCAACAGUUUGAUAUGUGUAUCGGUGCUUUUCUCUGGGCUACUACUGUUCUUGCAUUGCCUGGUGCCCCGGGUGGGUGGAGAUUUCACUUUAGGACCAAUGGAAUGGUCUACAAUAUGCAACUUCCACCCCACCCUGUGCAUCGGACGAUGCAAAACAAACUCGUCCAAUGAUCCUCAAGUUGGUCUUUGCUAGUUUGUUGUGAAACUGUCAGCUGCUGGCUGCCUCCCAAAGGAAUGCUGUUGGACAGGAUGGAGAUGAUUUUUACUUAAGAAAGACCGAUUGGUUAAACUGUGCUCCUUGCAACAUGGAAACAUAAAUCUACCAACCAUUAUGUUAAAUUGUUUGUAUUUGUAUUUAUUCAUCCUAUCAGUUAACUGUAAUUCUCUCCGGUUCACAAAAUAAUCUUGUUAGACAAGAUUUAGGCAGUUUUAAUGAAUCUUUCCUCCGGAAAAAUGUCCAAAGUCUUAAUUUAUGUUAAGCUAGUAAGGCCGUCACAGAUGGCAUCUCAAAUGGCACCCUAUUCCCUAUAUAGUGCACUAUUUUAGACCCAAAUGGCU